AUUCUGGUGGAUCUUUGGAUUCUUCCCUUUUAUCACAGCCAGUUGCAAACCAAGCAAGCCACAGUCAACUUUCAAUUCUUCUCCUUCCUUUUUGAUUCUUCAACUGGAACUUGCAUGACUCUGUUUCUUCAGACAAUGAUGAAUUUCUGCUGGGUUGCUUGAGAAAAUGAUUCUUCAGGCAGGAGCUUCUUCCUGCUUCAGCUCAAUUCCACCAUGCCCAAUCUCGAGCUCCAAUCGCCAACCCUCGUCUCUAACGACUCCCAAUUUCAUCUCAAUUAGAUACAGAAAUGGUAGAAUGUGUGAGUUCCAUGACUUGCAUAAAGAGCUGGUCCCUUACGCCGACGCUUGGAAAUGGCAAAAGGACAUUGUUGCAGAGAAGAAAGCUCUGGUGGAGACCAACCACGAUUGCCCUGAUACAUUGAUUGUGCUCCAGCACCAUCCUGUCUAUACUUUGGGUAUGGGUAGUUCAUUGGAGCACCUUAAUUUCGACAUGAACGAUGCUCCACUCGAUGUAUAUCGAACUGAGAGAGGUGGAGAAGUUACGUAUCAUGGACCUGGACAGUUAGUUAUCUACCCAAUAGUUAAUCUCCGAAACCACAAGAUGGACAUCCAUUGGUACCUCAGGGCGCUCGAGGAGGUGAUCAUUCGUGUUCUCUCAUCAGCAUUCUCCAUCGAGGCUUCCCGAGUUGAUGGCUUGACUGGAGUCUGGUUUGGUAUGUUCUUACUCUACCUUCUGAAUGAACUUCAGAGAGAUCAUGAAACAUUUGUUAUUAUGUUGUCAGGCGAUCAGAAACUGGCUGCGAUUGGGGUGAAGGUUUCUCGGUGGAUAGCGUACCAUGGAGUUGCACUGAACGUGACCACGGAUUUGGCGCCUUUCAAAUCGAUAGUGCCUUGUGGGAUCAAGGAUAGAAGGGUGGGAAGCAUCAAGUCAUUGCUGGGCAUAGAUGAUGAUGAUGAUACUCAGCUGAUUGAAACUGCUUAUAAGUCGUUGAUUAAGGAGUUCUCUGAGGUUUUCGAUCUCGGAAUUCAGCAAAUAGCUUCUUCCCCCAUUUUGGAGGGUUUAGAGCCUUAG